GACAAAUUUUUAUAAUAAAAAAAGUAAAAUUAAAUUUUUAUGUAGGUAGAUACUUAUCUUCAAGUGUUUUUUUAAGGGAAAAAAUAAACUAACUUUUAUACCAGUAUGACAUAUGUAUGGAAUGUGUCAAAUGUAUACAUAUAUAUAUACAUAAUAUGUAUGAUCAAGUGUAAAUGUUUAAAUAAUAUAUUUUUGUACUAGACUGUUAUGAAUUGACAUAUAUAUAAAAAAAUUAUUCAUAUACAUAUGAUGGCUAAUAAGGAAACAAAUAAAAAGUAUGGAGAUUGGAUUCAUGAACGUAAUUUAGGUUCUGGCGGAUUUGGCAUAGUCCAAUUUUGGAAAAAUUGUCGAACUGGUAACAAAAUAGCAAUAAAGAAAUGUAAAGCUGCAUCAAGUUUGUCAGAUAAGCAAAAACAAAGAUGGUAUCACGAAGUUUUAAUAAUGAAUCACUUAAAACAUGAAAAUCUGGUAGCGAGUGUCAAGUUACCAGAGGAGUUACAGUCCAUUCAAACUGUAGUGCCAGUGUUAUGUAUGGAAUUUUGUAGCAAAGGAGAUCUAAGGAAACUACUUAACAAUUUUAAAAACGUUUUUGGAUUCGAACAAUUCAAAGCAGUGAAAAUAAUCUCUGACGUUUCAUCCGGAGUAGAAUUUUUACAUCAGAAUAAAAUUACACACAGGGAUUUAAAACCAGAAAAUAUUGUCAUAAAAGAGCGAAACGGAGAGAUUACUUGUAAAUUAAUAGAUCUUGGUUACGCGAAAGAACUUGGACAAGACAGUUUAUACGCUUCUUUGGUUGGAACUUUAAAUUAUGUGGCUCCAGAAUUAUUUUGGAAUAAAAAGUAUAGUUGUUCUGUAGAUUAUUGGAGCUUAGGAAUUCUUUUCUAUGAAGUUCUAACCGGAACGAGGCCGUUUUUGCCUUACAUGAAACACACCGUGAAAUGGAUGGAAGCAGUUCAAAGAAAAAAGUAUGAUCAAAUUUGCGCUCAUCAAAUAGGAGAACAGAUUUAUUUUUACUCCGAGAUAGCGGAUCCUACAGAUUUAUCAGAAUUCUUAAGGGAUAAUCUAGUAGAAUGGUUUAGAGUUUCUUUGCAAUGGGACCCGAAAAAAAGAGGAAAAAUAGACAAUACGAAUGAAAUCGUUCUGUUUGAUUUAUUGAAAAAGAUUUUAUCAAAACAGGAGUUACAUGCGUUUGUAGUAUCACAAUAUCGAGUAGUUACCUUUCUUGUGAAUGAAAAAACUACACUGGAAGAUUUGCAACAAUGGAUUGAAGAAAAAACUGAUAUUCCUAUUCAUCAACAAACUAUUACUGCUUUUGAGUGUAGAAUAUUAAACAACAACGAACCUGUACUCUCUCAAAUUAAUAUUCAAUCUAAGAUUCCUCAUAUUUUAGUUUUCAAAACUGGCAAUUUACACCUCGAAAAGCUUCCUAACCAAAAGUUACCAAAAUCAAUUGAAAGUGUUAUAGAAAAACCUCAUGAGAAAUUUGAAUAUUGCCAAAGAAUCAAAUUCAUAAAAGCUGUUAUGUUCUUUAUUAAUCAAGAAAUUAGGCUCUCUAAGUGGUAUCAAAUAUCGUUAAGUAUCAAAAUAGACUUAUUGGAUCAAAGAUCGGUAGAACUUGAUGAAAACUUGAAAUCUGAAAUAGAAAGUCUGUCAACACUAAAGUUUGCAGUCGAAGAAACUCUGAAGACAGAAACAAAAUUUACGGAGAAGCAAAAAUUGGCCUUUCAACAAAUAAUUAAAAAAAUUGAUGAAAAACCUUUGAGAACAAUCACUCAAAUGGCUAAAAGAUCAAAAAUAUUGAAUCAAGUCAACCAUGAGUUGAGGACAUUUUCGGAAAUUAAUUGGAUAAAUGAUUUUUCCACUUUAUUUGACAAAGUUGCAGACGUUUUUAUUAGUGAGGAUCAUACUUUAAUAAAAAGUGAUGUUGAAUCAACGACAAAAAUAUUUUUCCGAUUUUUAGAACUUAAGUCUUUAAAUAUCGAAAAGAAUAAAAAUAUUAUUGAAGCCACCGAGAGAAUCUCAUUUCUAGAAGAUGAACUAUCAAAAUUGGAGAAAUUUUCGAAUUCAGCGAAUGUUUUGAAAAAACUUUAUACAUCUGAAUUUGAAACACUAAAGAAGAGUUUAGAAUCGACCCAAUUGAGACAUUUAAAAUCUGAAGAGGAAUCAAAAAAACUUAGAAUUUCUAGUUUUUCUAAUAAUUCACUCAACACAAAUUUUCAAACUCAAUUAUCAAAUGAAAGCGAUAAUUUAAUUCGCGAUAGUUUAGUUAUUCGUUACAUGAUGAGUAAUUUAGUAUCAAAGCUUCAAGAAGAAGUACCCAUCAUGUUAGAUUUGGACUCAUAAAUUGAAAAAAAAGAAUAAACGAAUCUGUGAUUUAUGCAAUUUCUUUAAAAAUAUUUAAUGUAAAAUUAAUUUUAUACUGCAAAUAUUUACUAAAAUUUUAAUAAUAAAAUUCAAAAAAAGAUAAGAAUUUACUUAAUUUUUAAUGUGAAAAAAUUUGUUUAAUUAAAACUAAAGAAAAUAAAAUGAAAAUUUUAUUAUUUAAAAAAU